UUCCUUCACUCUCUCUCUCACAUUUUCACAUCACAAUAACACAACUCCACUGUCCCAAAACCAAAAUAAAACCUCACCUUUUCUUCCAUCAACACAUACCAAAAUGGGUACCCGAAAAACUCACUCUACUACUUCUAAACUCUUAUUCAUCUUCUUCUUCACCAUUUUCACUUUUUCCCUUCACAAUUCCCAUGCAAUUGAAGAAAAUCCAAUAAAAACCAUCGUCAUUUUAGUAAUGGAAAACCGUUCAUUCGACCACAUGCUUGGUUGGAUGAAGAAACUAAACCCAAACAUAAACGGUGUAACCGGGUUAGAAUCAUCUCAAUUAUCAGUAUCCGACCCGAAUUCAAAACGGAUAUUCUUCAAGAACGAAGCGCAGUAUGUGGAUCCUGAUCCGGGUCACUCGUUUCAGGCAAUAAGGGAACAAAUAUUCGGGUCGGAAGACACGUCAGUUGACCCGGCUCCGAUGAAUGGAUUUGCUCAACAAGCUUAUUCAAUGGAUAAUACGACCAAAAUGUCUCAGGAAGUGAUGAAUGGAUUUGAACCAGACCAUGUUGCUGUUUAUAAGACACUUGUUUCUGAGUUUGCUGUUUUUGAUAGGUGGUUUGCCUCCGUGCCAGCUUCCACCCAACCUAAUCGACUCUACGUGCACUCGGCAACAUCCGGCGGUGCCACCAGUAACGUGGCAUCCCUGCUCGCAAAGGGCUACCCACAACAAACUAUUUUCGACAGUCUACAUGAUAAUGGAUUCGACUUUGGAAUAUAUUACCAAAAUAUCCCAGCAACAUUAUUCUAUAGGAACUUAAGGAAGCUAAAGUACAUCCCUAAAUUUCACCUAUACGACUUGACAUUUAAGCAUCAUGCCAAGGAAGGAAAGUUACCAAAUUAUGUUGUGGUGGAGCAGCGGUACACAGACACUAAGUUGUUCCCUGCCAACGAUGAUCACCCGUCGCAUGAUGUGUAUCAAGGACAAAUGUUCGUCAAGGAGGUGUACGAGACGCUGAGGGCGAGCCCACAGUGGAACGAAACCCUAUUCUUGAUUACGUACGAUGAGCAUGGAGGGUUUUUCGAUCAUGUUGCUACGCCUGUGCGUGGGGUGCCAAGCCCUGAUGGGAUUGUAGGGCCAGAACCAUUUAACUUCACUUUUAAUAGGUUGGGAGUGAGGGUUCCUACCAUUGCUAUCUCACCUUGGAUUGAAAAGGGCACCGUUGUUCAUGGUCCAAACGGUUCACCAACUCCUACAUCAGAAUAUGAACACUCAUCCAUUGCAGCAACGGUUAAAAAGAUCUUCAAUUUACCUAAAUUUCUUACCAAGAGAGAUGAAUGGGCUGGAACCUUUGAAGGUAUUGUACAAAUAAGGACAGAACCCAGAACUGAUUGCCCAGAACAGCUUCCGACCCCGAUAAAGUUAAGAAAGGGAGAGGCAAAUGAAGAUGCAAAGCUAAGUGAAUUUCAGCAGGAGUUGAUCCAACUUGCAGCAGUGCUAAAAGGAGACAAUAUCUUCACUAGUUAUCCAAAUACUAUAGGGAAAGACAUGAGUGUUAAGCAAGGAAAAUAUUACAUGGAUGAAGCAGUUAAGAGGUUCUUUGAAGCAGGUCGUUAUGCAAAGAAAAUGGGAGUUAGUGAUGAAAAUAUAGUGAAGAUGAAGCCUUCUUUGACUACAAGAUCGUCCAAAUCUUCAAACACAAAACCAUAGGACCAAAAUAAAAUAAAGAUUAUGUAGCAAUAGCAUGAAAGGAAAUGAUAAUUGAAAUCAAUAGUUUUUAAUAAAAAAAUUAUCAAAAUAGAAAAAAAACAAUAUGCUUUCUUUAAAAAAUAAUGAGAACUUAAAUAUAUGGUUUAUUCUUUCUAUGUCUUUGUUUCUGAGGUGUAAUGGUAGAGAUUCCUAUUAAUUAAAGUUUAACCAAUA